CAGAACAAAGCAUUUAAUGAUCUCUACCCCAAAGUACACAUGCUGCAAUGCAAUGCAAUCCUAUACAGACAUUUUCAUGCUUCAUUUCACGCCUAUAAUUCCUUAAACCAACAAAAUUACAAACAUCACAUCCCUCUCUUCCCUCUUAAUAAAUCUUCCUCUCUGUUUUUCCUCUGUUUGUGUGUGUCUCUCUCUGCCUCUGAAAGAGAAAGAAGCAACACUCAACUCAACAAUACUACUGUGACACACCACUGUUACUGUUUUCACUUUUUCCCUCCUUGUCUUUUUUCCUUCCUUCCAUUUUCCCAACCUUGUUGCUCUGCAUGAAAACAGAGUCCCCUGUUUCCCCUGUUUCCUCUGUUUCCCCUGUUUCAUCUGUUCGCCAUUCAUGGCAAUGAAGUAUAUUCGGAGCAACAGCUUCAAGAGGCUAUUCUCCUUUGGAAGACGCAGUUUUGGAGGAGAAAACGAUGAUAGCAGCUUGGUGGUUCCUCCUUAUGAAGAACACCCUCCAAGACCCUCUUGGAAAUGCUUCUCUUAUGAAGAGUUGUUCCAUGCCACCAAUGGCUUCAGCUCAGAAAACAUGGUUGGAAAAGGAGGGUAUGCAGAGGUUUACAAGGGAAGACUAGAAAGUGGUGAUGAAAUUGCAGUGAAGAGGCUCACAAGAACUUGCAGGGAUGAGAGGAAGGAGAAGGAGUUUCUGACAGAGAUUGGUACAAUAGGCCAUGUUUGCCAUUCCAAUGUUAUGCCUCUUUUGGGUUGUUGUAUUGACAAUGGACUUUACCUUGUUUUUGAGCUGUCCACUGUUGGCUCAGUUGCUUCUCUUAUUCAUGAUGAGAAAAUGGCUCCUCUUGAUUGGAAAACAAGGUACAAGAUAGUUCUUGGGACAGCACGUGGUCUCCACUACUUGCACAAAGGCUGCCAGAGGAGGAUAAUCCAUAGGGACAUCAAAGCAUCAAACAUUCUUUUGACAGAAGAUUUUGAACCACAGAUAUCCGAUUUUGGACUAGCAAAGUGGCUUCCAUCUCAGUGGACUCAUCAUUCAAUAGCCCCAAUAGAAGGGACAUUUGGGCAUUUGGCACCUGAGUACUAUAUGCAUGGAGUUGUGGAUGAAAAGACAGAUGUAUUUGCCUUUGGAGUGUUCUUGUUAGAAGUCAUCUCUGGGAGGAAACCAGUGGAUGGGUCUCACCAAAGCUUGCACACCUGGGCUAAACCAAUAUUGAGCAAAUGGGAGAUAGAAAAGUUGGUGGAUCCAAGGCUUGAAGGGUGUUAUGAUGUGACACAGUUUAAUAGAGUUGCCUUUGCUGCUUCGUUGUGCAUCCGUGCAUCUUCAACUUGGAGACCUACCAUGAGUGAGGUACUAGAGGUAAUGGAAGAAGGGGAGAUGGAUAAAGAGAGAUGGAAGAUGCCAAAGGAAGAAGAAGAAGAUCAGCAAGGAGAGGAAUUUUGGGGUUUUGAGGAUCUGGAAUAUGAAUAUGACAGUUCAUUUUCAAUGUCCCUUCCUGACUCCACUGGAAGUACUUAGAGUUAGGUACAAUUUUACACUAACUGUCACUAUGCUUGGACAUCCUAGAAUCACUUAUUAGUUAUUAGUUAUUUCCUUGUAAAAGCUAAUGCUAAUAACUUCUCCCACAAUCACUUUGUCCUCCAAAGUCCAAACACAUACAUUGUAUAUAUGCUUGUUACACGUAUGUAUAAGAGAAUUGAAGCCUCUUGUGGCUGUUUUUUCAA